CAACAACCCAAAGCAAUUAUGGAAAAGUGUCAACCUCAUUCGAGGUAAAGGAUCAAAAACAACUAAUGUAUCCAGUCUGAAAAUAGACGAAGAAACUAUAACAGGUGACAAGAACAUUGCUGAAGCUUUUAACUCUUUUUUCGUCAGUGUGGGUCCAUCGCUUUCGCAAAGUUUACCAGAGUCUCAAAAAAGCUAUUCUGAUUAUGUUCAACAUCCCACACUUAAUACCUUUUCCUUUAGUGAGGUUAGUGAAAAUGACACUCUAAAGUUGCUAUGUGGUUUGAAAGAAUCAAAGGCGGCUGGUCCAGAUAAAAUAAAUACUAAACUAGUCAAGGAUUCUGCUGAAGUAAUCUGUCCUACAUUGACAAAAAUUUUCAACAGAUCCUUGCAACAAGGUAUCUUCCCAGAGGAACUUAAAACCGCUUUUGUCUCCCCCAUUUACAAAAACGGUGACAAAUCUGACUGUAGCAAUUAUAGGCCUAUUUCGAUUUUGUCGACUAUUGCAAAAAUAUUAGAAAAAACUGUCUACAAUCAGUUAAUUUCGUAUAUAAAUGAGAAUAACAUUCUGUCUGGUAAUCAAUUUGGAUUUCGAAAAUCUCAUUCAACUGUAACGUCGUUGUUAAAUGCUACAAGUAAUUGGCUUCUAAAUAUUGAUAAAGGCCUUAUAAAUGGAGUCUUGUUCCUAGACCUACGGAAAGCAUUUGACACUGUUGAUCAUAUAAUCCUAAUUGAAAAGCUAAAACUGUAUGGAAUUACAGGGGGUGCCUUGAAGUGGUUUAUAUCAUACUUAGAAAAAAGAUAUCAAACAUGUAAAAUGAAUAACGUUAAAUCAUCCAGAAAAUUAAUUAAAUGUGGUGUUCCCCAGGGGUCUAAUUUAGGACCCCUUCUAUUCUUAUUAUAUGUCAAUGACCUGCCAAAUUGUCUUGAUCAGGCAAAACCUUCGAUGUUUGCUGAUGAUACUAAUAUCUCCGUAUCUGCGGAAUCCGUAGACGAAUUGGAGGAAAAAUUGAACACCGAUCUUAGUAAUAUUUAUCAAUGGUUAGUGGAAAACAAAUUAACACUUAACGUUUCUAAAACAGAAUAUAUGAUUAUUGGCUCUCGAAAUAAUCUAAGUAAGAUUAAUGUGGAUCCAACAAUUAAAAUUGGUGGCGAUUCUAUUAAUAGAGUUAAAACAACAAAAAGUCUUGGCGUGGUCAUUGACGAUAAGUUGAGAUGGGAGGACCACAUUGACAGCAUCAGUAAAAAAGUUUCAAGCGGAAUAGGAGCGAUAAAAUUGAUCAAGCCUUAUGUUCCAAAGGAUUGCCUAAAUCAGAUUUAUAAUGCUCUUGUGCAGCCAUAUUUUGACUAUUGCUCUCUA